GCCCUCGGCGCUGCUCCUGGUCCCCAGCGAGCAGGAGCCGGAGGGGCCAGGCAGAGCGGGCGGUGGUCCCCAGGCGGGCGUACUCCUCUCGCUCUCCUUGGCAGCACAUCCAGCUCCGCGUCUUUGCUCAAGCCGAAGUGGAAGAGGAGACGCGCACGCACACACACACACACAUAUACCAAGAAAAAAAAAAAAAAAAAAGCCAAAAAACCACACUUAGCGGAAACUUGUCAGAGAAUGCUCCUAAAGUCUGGUUUGCUGCUGCUGCUGGUGAUCAGUGCGUCCGCAUCCUACGAAGCUGAGCAGAAUGACUCUGUGAGCCCCAGGAAACCCAGGGUUGCAGCCCAGAACUCAGCCGAGGUGGUUCGCUGCCUGAACAGUGCCCUCCAGGUGGGCUGCGGCGCCUUCGCCUGCCUGGAGAACUCCACGUGCGACACAGAUGGCAUGUACGACAUCUGCAAGUCCUUCCUGUACAGUGCUGCUAAAUUUGACACUCAGGGAAAAGCUUUUGUGAAAGAAAGCUUGAAAUGCAUCGCAAAUGGGGUCACGUCCAAGGUGUUCCUUGCCAUCCGGAGGUGCUCCACUUUCCAAAGAAUGAUCUCCGAAGUGCAAGAGGAGUGCUACAGCAAACUGGACAUGUGCGGCAUCGCAAAACGAAAUCCUGAAGCAAUCACGGAGGUCGUCCAGCUUCCAAAUCAGUUCUCAAACCGGUAUUACAACAAGCUGGUGAGAAGCUUACUGGAGUGCGACGAGGAGACUGUCAGCACCAUCAAGGACAGCUUGAUGGAGAAGAUCGGGCCCAACAUGGCAAGCCUCUUCCACCUGCUGCAGACGGACCACUGCGCCCAGGGCCACCCGCGCACGGACUUCGCCCGGAGACGCAUCACCGAGCCGCAGAAGCUAAAACUCUACUUCAGGAACCUCCGAGGUGAGGGGUCCAGCCCGGCCCAUGCGAAGCGCAGCUCUGCCGAAAGCGCGUAAUGCCGCGGGGAACGCGCACGGGUGUGUAAGGGAUGCUAAGCACUACCAAAGCUGAAGUCUCUCUUCUAGAGGAGUUAAUGCACCCCAAAACCAAGUGUACUGUAGCUAGUUUUAAUAACAACUAGGAACUGGUUUUAGAUUUAGUCAUUGAUAUUUUCUAUUCCUCUCGAACAAACUUUUGCAUGGGUCUGUGUUCAGUGUCUCAGCUUUCCCGCCGUCAAAACGUCUCCAUCUCUUUUCUUCCCCCCACAAAAAAAAAAGAUAUCCCAAACAAUCUUAGUCUUAAAUAGCACCAUAGAGUAGUCAGGCCUUCAGACGCCGAUCUCUAAAUGUACUGUAGCGCUAACACCGUUGAAGUCUGAAGCUUUGGCACCAAGGAGAAUAGCUGAUUCUCGCUUGUAGGAAGCUGGUAGGUGACAAUAGAUGCACUAACAACUAUUGCACAUCCUAAAGAUGUCAGUGGAAUUCGUGUUAUGAAUCUGUGCUGGCCAUGGACGAAUAUGAAUGUCAUAUUCCUGGUCUCUUAGUGUCAUGCAGUCCUAAUCCUUCCAAUCCAGCUCUGUUAACCUGUUGAUUAACCAAACUCGCUAGCUGUGGGUGAUUCUCAUUACCGGGACCUGGCACCUCAGUGCAAAAUGAGCUAAAACGCCCCCCCCCGACACACACCGAAUCAGGAAAGGAACAUUUUGUACUACGGAAAUGAUUAAAAGCGGUGCCAGUCUAUGGUUAAAGCUAGUCAGAAGGUUACAUAAUCUUGCAUUGUAUUUAAAAGCUAACAUCUAUGUACUGUAUUUAACUAUCUAAAGCUUUAAAAGAAAUCUAACAAAAACAAACCCUGUCUUAAGACAAGAGUAUUAAAGGUCUUGCUCUAACUGUGGUAUAAAUAGUUUUAAAAUCUGUCAUGUACUGUACAUAAAUUCCAUGAGAGUCUGCUUUAAAGGAGCAGAAUAUAAUAACUUUAUUGCAUAAACUUAGUUUUGUAAGUUAGCUAUUUUUCUUUCCUGGAAACAGUAUCUCUGUCAUAUUCAAGAGUUCACUUUCUACUCUGUGGCCUUUUUAUAAUGGAAGAGAGAAAAAGAUUAGAGCAGAAACAAUUAAGACAUGGCCAGGAACAAACCUCUCUUCUUAGGUGAAAUGAAAAAAAAAGCAAAAUGGAAAUAAAAAAAAAAAGAGUUCAGACUGGCCAGUCCUGUCUCCACAGAGCUGCUGUGAGACUGUAGCUGUAGCCAGGGCACGAGCGCUGCCGGAGAGCUGCUUGGGGAAGCAGGUGGCUGACGAUGCUGCUUUGGGAUCUCAGAGCUGCCACGGGGGAAAACAUCCCUUAGGAAGGGGAUUUGUGGGGAAAGGCAGGGAAAAAAUAAAUCCUUAAAUUCCCUUAAGCUUCAGCAGUUAAACAAUGUGCCUGCCUUUAAGAGGACACACGCAUUAAGGCUCUCGGCUCUGCCUUUCCUCCCAUCCAUCUCUUCUGCAGCCUCUGCGAACAUGACCGCCAGUCCCACAGCAGUAGCUGGGGGCCUCCCCCAAACGCCGCUCUCUGCACAGUAGCCUGGCCGGGCUUCGGCGAGCCAAAAAAAAGCCACAUUGUGGCACGAGAUCAACAAGGCCAGUUCCACGCUCCAAAUCUAUCCCGCUAGAGUCCGUCUGCGGAGUGGAUGACUCUUGCUCAACUAGUUAGAGAGCUAAUAAAGGAGGUAUCUAUUUUUCUUUUCAAAAUCUAAAGCAAUAUAACUUUUUUUUUUUUAAACCACAAAGCCUUUAAACAAUAACUUGCUGCUAAUAUAUUGAAACCAGAUGCAGUGGCAGCAUUUCUGAUAUUGCUGUCUUCAUUAAAUGUAGCCCAAAAGUGCUGUCAUAAAAUUGUAAGCAGCAAAAAAUGUUGCUGACGGUAGAGGGUUGGGGUUUUUUUUUGUUUUGUUUCGUUUUUGAAUACUCUGAAUCGUGCAGUCCAGGGCAAACAAGAUGCAAUAUUGCUCGCUCUUAAAUCACAGUCAGGUAUAUAGAAUCCAACGCGGUAAAGUUUUGCAAGGUGAAAACCAAAGGCCCCUUGAAUAUCCUGACCCUGAAGGUUUGAUUUUGCUUAGGAACCAAUCCCAGAGCCGUGCACGUGCUGCUCUGCGCCCUGCGGCAUCGCGCCUUGUGCGGCGCCUGUGGGAGAGGGGGGUUACAAAUUCGGGAAUUCUGCUGGGUGUUGUGCAUCAUCUGCAUUUGGCUAUUUGGGAAGAUAGUCACAAAAAGGUCUUUAUGUGGCUCAAGUGCCCAAGCAGCCACCUGGAUGGCUCUGGGCUGUGCAAAGCAGCUCCCGUUUCGGGUGCCACACGUCCCCGUGGGCUCGCACCAGCAGGGCGCACCGUGGACUUGUAGCAGCCCCGAAUUCCCACAGAGGUGCUCCUAUUAGCACGUGGCUUCCCCAUUGCUUUGUGCAUCAUUGCUGUGAAAACCCACAGAAGCUUUACAAAGUUGAGUUGAGGCUGGGGAGAAGAGCCCACACCCUAAUUUUUUGAGUUCUCAUAUUUUAUUUUAUUUUUUCAGUAGGAAUUUAAGCUUGUUUUCCCCUUAGCAUGGGUAGGAAGAUGACAGAAAAUAACUCCCCUGGUUCAAUUCGCUCUGCUAGCACAGGUAAAAGUCCUCUGUGCAAAGCAAAUGUUGCCUUCCUGCACUGGUGCAGCUCCUGGGGACUCCCAGAUGCCCGGUGUCGGAGAGAGCCCACAAGAUUUUUGAGCUGCUUAAGGCAUCCCUGUGGUCCCUAGGCUAAAUUAGGAAGGGAGCUGCAAGCACAGAACCAUAAAAUCAGAGGGCCUGGGGUUCACCUUGCUGAACUUUCGCCUUGUAGCCUAAGCUGGUCAUUUAAAGCUCUCCCUUAGCAGUGGAAGGGGGAUGUGGAGGUGGGGGAGGCGCUUCCCAUCACCUGGGAAGGAUGCCUCGAAUUAGGGGAGAGAUCCCCCUGGAGAUGGGGAAUCAUUCUCAAUAUUAAGUCCAGCUAUUUCACACUUUAUUUAAUCUCUAAUGCUUUAUUUUUUUAAUCUUGCGUUCACUGCAGAAAUGAUUUCUCUCGGGGGCGGGGAGGGGCUUAUCUAGAAAUGUUUGCAUGAUUCUCAUUGUGAUUUGUUUGCACUUUAGAUGUUUUGUGCCAUUAUAAAUUUGCAUUAUGUAUUUAUAAUUUAAAGAUACUUAGAAGGGGGAGAGAGUUGUUUGUUUUGUUUUGUUUUUUUUUGCUGAGUACUGGAAUAAACAGUGAGCAUAUCUGGUAUAUGUCAUUAUUUAUUGUUUAAAUUACAUUUUUAAAGCUCAGUGUGUUCAUAUAAAGGUUAUUUGAAACAUAUCAUAGUAAUGAGAAAGAUGCAAGUUAUUUUCUUUGCUUAUUUUUAUAAUUAAAGAUGCAUAACAUAAUGAGGCCUAUGUUGGAUUUUCUUCUGCAAUGAAAUAAAAUGUCAAAUUUAA